CGGAACGGGCAUUCGAUGAUCGAGAGGCGCCUGUGGUAGAGGCGCUCGCCACCGUCUGUACGAAACGCGCACCUCGUUGCCUCCCGCUGCCACAGCCGCCGCCGCGAGGCCUCCUAUCACGCGUCCCCUCCAGCCCACCGUCUAUUGCGACCGCCGCACAGGCCCCAGCUCACCCCAGCACCUCUCGCGAUGGCCGCAGCAGAACCUACAGGCAAGAACGUGCCUCUCCAAAUUACAGAAGAUGAAGCAGCGGUGUACGACAGGCAGAUCCGCCUGUGGGGCCUCGAAGCACAGCAGCGGAUGCGCAAUGCGACGAUUCUCGUGGUCCGCCUGCGCGGCGUCGCGACGGAGGCUAUCAAAAACAUUGUCCUCGCCGGCAUAGGCAAGCUGAUCAUCGCGGACGGGGACAACGUGUCCGAGGAGGACCUUGGCGCCGGAUUCUUCUUCCGCGAUGAGGAUGUUGGCAAAAACAAAGCUGAGGCAGCAAAGUCACGAGUGGAAAGCCUCAACCCACUCGUGACGAUCGAGGCCCUCCCCAGAAAUGUCACCGACGAAGACGCGUUGCAAUCUUUGCUGAAAGAUGUCGACUUGAUUUGUGUCACUGAUUUGGAUCGCGAAACAUUGAUCCGCGUGAACAAUGCAUGUCGACAAGCAGGGAAGCCCUUCUACGCAGGGGGGACGUACGGACUGCUAGGAUACAUCUUCUGCGACCUAUUGACACAUGACUACAUCGCACCUGAUCGAGCCAACCCUAAAGAUUCGAGCAAAAACAUCAAGAAUACCACCGUGUAUUGCCCCCUCCAGACUGCUCUGGAACACCACUGGUCGAAGUUGACCAGGCGACAAACAAAAGAACUCAAUCCUGGUGCCGUUUUCGCCAUUCUCGGGCUAUGGGAGUACCAGACUCGUCAUGGCACCCUCCCCAAUGACGCCGGCGCAGUGCCUGCCCUCGAGCAGGCGGCAAACUCCGUCCUCGCAAACGCUGACGUCAAUAGGCAAGCAUUGCCCAGCGUUCCGCGUGAGUCUAUCGAGGCCGUGGCGACGAAUGCCUCGCACGAGCUUUCCCCUGUGUGCGCGGUCGUCGGCGGAAUGCUCGCACAGGACAUCCUCAAGGCACUCGCCGCGCGCGAGUCUCCGAUAGUCAACUUCUUCGUGUUCGACGGAUCCACAGGUGGGGGGACGGUCUGUCGGAUGAGUGUCUCCUGACGUAGCACGGGUGGCCCAACUCGGCCCUCGCAACGGGUCAAUGUUUUCGAUGGCGUGCCGCGGCGGCUGCCUCCGAGUCGUGGGCGGGCGAUCUUCGACGAGAGCUCUCUCCGCUGGUACGCGUGCGAAGGUACAGGCCGAAGGGUGAGAACGUGUUGCGGUGCGCCUGUACGUACUGAUGGUCUAGGCUACUCUACUUGGGCGUCCCUUUUUUUCUUGAGACGUGACUCCGCUGUGCAA